AUGAUUCAAAAUCAGAAUUACGAGGUCCAUAAAAUUGUUGGAAAGAAAAAGUAUGAAAUUCUUGUGAGGGUCUUGGGAUAAGGUCAAUAUGCUAAGACUUAUUUGGCGAGGAACAUACAAACUCAGCAAUACCUGGCUUGCAAAGUUAUUUCCAAGGAAUAAAUUGUUCAUCAACUCAAUCAAAUUGAGAAUAGGGAGGUGGCAGAAAGAAAAAAACAAAAAAUAACAGAAAGGUUAUAGAAUGAAGUUGAUAAUACAAGCAAAAUGUCACAUCCUCAUAUAGUCAAAUUUGAAGAUUUAGUCGAAAGUCCGAACAAUAUCUACUUUUUUAUGGAAUACUGCUCAGGUGGAACCUUGGAAAAGCUGAUUCAAAAUAGAAAAAGACUAAGCCAGGCCGAUGCCUUGCCUUAUUUUAAAUAAUUGGCUUUAGGUUGUGGAUAUCUUUACGAAAAAAACGUCAUUCACAGAGACUUAAAACCAUCAAAUGUCCUGCUCCAAGACAAUGUCAUUAAAAUUGCUGAUUUUGGUUUAUCUAAAGCCAUGGAGGAAUAGAUCAAGGAAAUCGCAAACGAUAACACUCCUUGGAUCGGAACACCUUUGUAUAUGAGUCCUCAGGUCAUAGGACAAGAGUAGUAUUCAAUAAAGUCUGAUGUUUGGUCGCUUGGAUGCAUAUUUUAUGAAAUGCUUUGCGGGAGAACUCCUUAUUAUCAUGAAAAAGUGCAAUACUUACAAUUAAUGAUCUAAAAUGAGAAUGUUCAGUUCCCAAAUGAUGUUUAAAUAUCAGAGAACAUGAAGAAAUUGAUUACGAUGAUGCUUGCUAAAACAGAGAAUGCUAGAAUCAGUAUUGUAUAAGUAAUUGAAUACUUGGAAUAAGUUUGAACUAAAUGAAUAUUAUUGCAAAUAAACC